UAGAGACUAAUCAGAUUUCCUAUUGCCACUCUUAAAGGCUUUUUAUGCUUCUCCAACAAGUAUAAUAGAAUUUGGACAUGAGAGGUUGGCCGUUGGCCUCACACCCCUAACUGAAUUUAAUCAUGCACUACCUUACACUACUUAUUCUUAAGCAUUCAUCCGUGGGUGACAAGAACAAGCAGAGCAAAUAAUUCAUUCCAUUUCUCUGCACUCUCACUCACAAUUUUUCAUUUGAAAAUGGUACUUCCCUCCCCUGCCAAAAUACUAGUUGGCCUCUCCUUAGAUCCAGAUGACAGCAAGGAGCUUCUCUCAUGGGCAAUAAGAGUUCUAGCCAAUCCAAAUGACUCCAUCGUGGCCGUGCAUGUUCUUGUUGCUGAGAGUAAGAAGAAGCGUGUCUCAGUCAGAAGAAGGCAAUCACAACUUAGGCAGGCAAAAGCAUAUGUUAUAUCUGUGCUUGGAGAAUUUGCACAGACCUGUUGGUCUAAGCAGGUUAAUUUGGAGGCCAGGGUGGCACUCAAUUCGACAGUUGGUGAAGGUUUAGUGGAGGAAGCCAAGUCCAUCAAUGCUGACUUUCUUCUUAUUCGUGGUUCAAGGAACCGAACAAAUAAGAUUGGAACUUCUAAAGGGAUUACCAAGCAUUGUUUUGAGCAUGCACAUGAAGGUUGUACGAUGGUCUCAGUUGGGAGACGUACAAAGGCAGAUCAAAGUGCCAACUCAAACUCAACACGUUUUCAAGCAGAUAAUAAACGACCAAGUUCAAGAUGGUUUAAGAAGGAUAAGCAUUGUGACAAGGGUACCUCCCCUGUUCUGGAGGAUUAUAUCUCAGGAACCAAGGCACUGAACCGUUCACCAAGAACGGUACUAGAUUCUCUAGAGGGACAAUCGAACAGCACAGAAGAUGAUACCUUUAGCACUAGGGUCUCCAGCACCACGUAUACCCCAUCAUCAGAUUCUAAGAUUAAGAGCGGAUCCAAGAUAAGAAAACACCAGUUCCCAUUCAGGUUCAUAGUCUCAUUCCUUGCUUCACCAUUUAGAAGGAAAGGUUUUAAUAUAUCCAAAAAUGAAAAGCGACAGCCUUUAUUGAAGUGCUUCAGCUAUGAACAGAUAACCAAUGCUACCAACGACUUCCACCAAGAUAAUUUGGUAGGACGAGGAGGGUACUCAGAAGUAUACAAAGGUGAUCUUUCAGAUGGACGAACCAUUGCAGUGAAGAGGUUGACCAAGGACAACAAGGAUCCUAACAAAGAAAAGGAGUUCCUUAUGGAGUUGGGUGUUAUUGGACAUGUCUGUCAUCCUAAUACUGCAACUUUAGUGGGAUGCUGCAUUGAAAAUGGGCUAUAUCUGGUUUUCAAUUACUCUCAAAAUGGAAAUUUGGCAACUGCAUUGCAUGGUAAAGGAGGAGAUUCACUUGACUGGCCAAUCAGAUACAAAAUUGCCAUUGGUGUUGCAAGGGGUCUCCAUUAUCUUCAUAAAUGUUGCAAACACCGAAUAAUUCAUCGUGACAUCAAAGCCUCUAAUGUGCUUCUGGGUCCUGAUUAUGAACCACAGAUUACCGAUUUCGGGCUUGCAAAGUGGCUUCCUAACAAGUGGACUCACCAUGCUGUGAUCCCCGUAGAGGGCACAUUUGGAUACUUAGCACCAGAGUACUUUAUGCAUGGAAUCGUGGAUGAGAAAACAGAUAUUUUUGCAUUUGGAAUUCUACUUUUGGAGAUUGUAACUGGACGGAGACCUGUUGAUUCCUCAAAGCAAAACCUUCUCCUAUGGGCAAAGCCUCUGAUGGAAUCAGGGAAUAUUGGUGAGCUAGCUGAUCCAAGAAUGGAAGGUAAAUAUGAUGAAGAGCAACUGUAUAGGGUAGUGCUAACGGCUUCAUACUGUGUGAGACAAACUGCCACGUGGCGUCCCCCAAUGAGCGAGGUUUUAGAGCUGCUAGCCAGUGGGCAAGAGAGUGAAGCUGGAAAGAGCUGGAGGAUCCCAAAGUUCACUUCAGAUGAAUUGGAUGAUUACUCUAUGGUUUUCGGAUAUGAUGUACCCUCAGACAUAUCUUUGGAGGAUUAUUUGUGAGAAUUAAAUGUAGGUUCAGUUUGAGUUUUCUUUUCUAUAUUCUUGUCGUAGGAGUGAAGUAAUUAAUAAGCAUUAGAUCAGAGGUUGCUUCUUUAUUUUUGUAACUUAUCAUAUGACUUUCUUUUGUUGUUUAUUUUGUACACUUUAGUCCAGUAUGUCAUGGUUGAGCAAAUACGAUCAAAUUUAUUUUAUUUUAUUUUAUGGGGGGAAGAGGAAGAGUGAGAAAGAUUUUAGGGAAAUAUUGUUAGAGGCAGUCUUAUUUGUGCCAAGUUUUUGGUAUGCAAAAAAAUUAUAA